AUGUCAUCAAAACACAGUUAUGUUCCUGUGAGCAAGGUACGUAUUCUACAUUCUGAAGAAAAUUCAUCAAUCACUCACAAUAAUAAUGUUACUGUUGGCAUGCCGAAAGACCUGCAAGAAAAUAUUAAAUACUUUUGUAUUGUUGAACAACAAAAGACGAUCUUUUCGGAAGAGCUCAAUCAUCUGGAGUGGCUUGACGAAGCGAGUGCGAAUGGAGUCACAACAAUUAGUAGCCCAUCGAUGAAAAUCAUUAUUAUUUAUGAUACACAACGCAGUGAUUCAUGCAAAUUUUUCGACGAAUUGAAAGUAUCGCUUCAACAAGCAAGGAACACAAGACCAUCGCCGUUUGUCCUACAAGCAGAACGAAUAAUUCAGUCAGUGUUACCAUCGCCAAUUGCAUUCCAUCAAAUGCCUGUAACCUUUGAUUUAGACUAUUCAACUGAUAGUAAUGAUUAUGAAUCAGAUUCAUCAUUUCAAAAUGAAUCGGCGCCGUCAGAAUAUCAAGUAGAUCAUGAAUCUUUUUAUCUAAAACGACAGCGUCCUAAAUUAUCUGAAUUAGAUAUGGAUUCAUCAAUAAACGCUUAUGAUGACAACUAUUUAUUUGAUUAUCAAAGGAUACCCGAUUCACGAAAUGCGGUAGCACCACGAGGAAAAAAUUUUAUUCCAACAUCCCAACGCACUCCAAUAUAUUCUCACCGAUCCCAGCUAGAGCUAGUCCGACCUGGAUCGAGUGAUUUGAGCACACUUCAACCCAGUUCUGUUGAUUACAACCUAAAUCAAGUCAUUGCAAGAAAUAUCAAUCGAUUCCGAUCUAGUUCCAUACCACAAAAUAUACUUCCAUCCAUUUCAACCCGAUGCGAUUCAUUUGAAAGUAUUUCUACCGAUGAUGACUUACAGCAACCCGUUCAAACUCGACGCCGUUCUAAAACUGAUGUUAUUGUUGUGUGCUCAUCAUCACAGUUUUUGUUUGAGAAGAUUUGCAAAGCCGGUGGUGCUUCUGUAUCAAAUUCUUACAAUGAGCAAAUCAGUAAAAAUUCUGCUGCUCCCAUUGUUAUCGUUCAGUCUAAUGGGCGAAUUGCAUCAAAAGCAAUUUACUUUCUGCCAUGGAAAACAUCUUCUGAUGAGCCCAUUCUUUGUAAAUCGAUUAAAAAUUUUGUUUCUGUUGCACUAGACAAAGCAAAAGAAGAAAACUAUCGAAGUAUUGCGUUUCCAGCUAUUGGCUGUGGUAAGAUGCACUGUUCAAUCGGUCUUGUUGCACGAACAAUGACUGAAGAAGUUUAUCGUAAAUUACAGCAUAGUGACUUGUCGGUUACAUUCGUAAUACAACCAGAUAGAAAAGAUAUUUAUGCUGAAUUUCAAAAACAAAUUGAUUCAUUAACUCGACAGACGUUACCUACGGCAGGAAUAACACGAUGCGCUACAUUUGGAAAAGGAGUAAUCGAAAUUGAAAUGGGAGAUAUAACAACGGAAAAUGUUGACGCUAUAAUUGGUAGUUCGUCAUCAAAUAUUUUGAAAGAAAAAAUAAUUAAAGCUGCUGGUAAACAAUCUCAAAGCGCGUACAAUACUGAAUUAGAAAAUCAUCCGCAUUCAAUCUUGAUAGCAAUACCACCAGGAGCUCUCCCCUGCAAACAAAUAUUUUUUGUUAAAUGGAAACCUGAUAACGACAAUAAGAUACUGCAACAGUCUCUUGUUGAUCUCAUAUCUAUUGCCGUACAAAACAUGAUAUCACAUAAAUUUACGACACUUGCAUUUCCAGCCAUCGGAUGUGGACAACACGGCUGCUCAGUUGAUAUUGUAGUUAAAACUAUGGUUCGCGAAAUGAAAAAUCAUCUUGUUCAGAGAGAUUUAGCUUGGAGAGUUAAAUUUGUGGUGCAACCCAAUCAAGAAAAUGUUUAUGAUGAAUUUUGUACACAAUUACUAACGACACAGGAUGGUUUUCAUGAACCCAUCGUUUCUGAUUUACCACCAACCUGGGAAAAGUCAACAGAACAAAGAAUUCGCUUUGUAUUGCCUACCAAGGCAGAUGAAUACAAUUCAAUUGCUACUAAUUUUGGUAACGCCAUGACCGGAAAAUACACACGUAUAAUAAAAAUCGAACGGAUUCAAAACGAACGUUGGUAUAUGCAGUACUUAGCACACAGUAGAGACUUUCUGAAACGUCUUAACACCGAUACAGAAAAACGUUUAUAUCACGGUUGUUCACAACAAGCUGCUAAUUCCAUUAUCGAAGAUUGUUUUAACAGAAGCUUUGCUGGCGUGAAUGGAACUUCCUACGGUUUUGGUGUUUACUUUUCCUCCAGAGCAGCCUAUAGUCAUGAUUAUGCUAAAAAUAACGCAAAUGGAGAACGAUGCAUGUUUCUAGCGCGGGUUCUGGUAGGAAAAACUACUCGAGGAAACAAUUCGAUGAAAACUCGACCACUUGGAUUUGAUUCAACUACUGAUGGAAAUCACAUUUUCGUUACGUAUCACGAUGCUCAAGCGUUUGCUGAAUAUUUGAUUACAUACAAAUGA